GCCAGGCUUCGCCUCCGAAUCCGGUACGCAGACGACGAAAGCCGAGGAACUCGUCGGUGUGCCAUGGGGGCAAUGAUAAGUCAGCUGGUGUUUCAACCGCCCCGGCCGACAUACACCAGUUGCCGUCAAUACACAAUGCUGGCCACGUCCUUGCACAAUCGCAUUGCCACCUUCUACAUCAAGAACGAAGGCGCCAAGUACACGCUGCUUUUCUCCCACGGCAAUGCAGAAGACCUCGGCAUGGUCUACGAGUGGUUCCGCGAAGUCAGUCGACGCAUCAACGUCAAUGUCAUGGCGUAUGACUACACUGGAUACGGCAUCAGCCUAGGUGUGCCGAGCGAAGAGGCCGUGUACUCGGACGUCGAAGCUGCGUUUGCUUAUCUGGUCGACGUCAAGAAAACGCCUCCCAGUCGCAUCAUUCUGUACGGGCGGUCGUUGGGUACUGGUCCGUCAUGCUACCUUGCUGCAAAGCAGUCGAGAUUAAAAGCUCCCGUCGGCGGCGUCAUCUUGCAGAGCCCCUUGUUGUCCAUCUACCGCGUGGCGUUUCAGUUCCGGUUCUCGCUACUCGGGGACAUGUUUUGCAAUAUCGAUCAUGUCGGAAACAUCGAGUCCCCCAUCACCAUCAUCCAUGGGACCCGGGACGAAGUCAUUCCGUUUUGGCAUGGGGAGGAACUGUUUGUUGCAUGCCAGGCUGCGUGGCGGUCAUUGCCGCUGUGGGUCCAAGACGCUGGUCAUAACAACAUCGAAGCGUUCCUGGGGAUGCAGGGAGACUCGUUCUUUGCUCACUUGCGCGAUUUCGUCGCGCUUUGCCACAAGACCAACGAGUUCCGAGCCGCCGACGAACAAACUAUCGCGCAGGCUGCGGCCGCGGCCGUAGACACCCAGCCCAACAUGUUUAUGGUUUAAGCUAUAAAGAAUCGUUUGAACUUACAAAAUUAGAUGGUCAAGUGGACAAGCUGCUGCUUCUUGGCACUUGGAAGGUCUGGGUUGACCAUGGAAGACGUCUUUUUCAAAGGUGGCGACGAUGGUGAUGGGUGGGAAGUCGGCAAUGGAAUGUUCUCGCGGUAAAUUGACCCUUCGCGAAGUCCACCGCGCCCCCGCUUUCUCGCCGCUCGUUCCUGAUCCAGCGACGCACGACAUUCGACAAGUUCCGCCUCCAGCCGGUCCGUCUCUGCAGCUUGCUCUUCCACGAUACUCUCCAUGACCGUGUACAGAAACUGACUCCCAAGUUUCCCAUCGACGAGCUCGCGGUAGAUGACAUGCUCGACGGCGUUGUGCAAUGCACUCAAGGCUGGCCGCGUGAUAGCCAACGGAGUCAACGCUAUCCACAUUUUCAGAACGACAUGACGAGACACCAUGUACGGCGACGAGACCUCCCGCGACAGUGCAAGUUGCAUCUUCUCCGAUUCUAAUCGCACGAAACCCACGUGGGAAGCAUCCCACAAUGCAUCUUCGUCGGUGAACUGAGCUGCAUGCUUGAUUGUGUCUUCCGCGUCGGAAAAUUCGCCGUCGCCAAAGGACCGAUCGUCACACACAUCUUCGUUCCCGGUGGCAAGAUCUUCGCCACUUUCAACAUCGGAGCAACUGUCGUCGUUGGAAGAUGAUUCAUCGUCAUCCCCAGCACCACCUUCGCUCUCGUCAUCACUGAAAGCAUCAUCAUCGCAGUCAUCGAUCGAUUCCUCGACAACAUCGUCAAAACCAUACAACUUAGUGCGAGUAGGAUGUACAAUGAGGGCAGCAGCAAUAUCCUUGGCGUACACAGUCAAUCGCUGGUCCGCUUCCAUGCUCGCAAUCGCUGACUUCUGGAUAUCCCGCAGAAACUCAGCAAACGCCAGUCGAACUUUGUUCAUAGCUGCAUCGGUGCCGACUUGAAUGCCAGCGCGGCACAUGAACCGUUGGACGUCGCGGGUCUCAAGCAUGCGACAGAGGUACGACACGUGCAUGAUGGUGGCCUCUGGCUGGCGCGGUGGUAGGAGCGCGUGCACCAAAUCGAGAAACCCGCC